AUGAUCCAGGAAAACCGUUUCGAGUUGUGCGGUUUUCCGACCACGUACAUCAAGAACAUGAAGGAGAAAACUGCAGACAAGUCAAGACAUUUAGCGGAAGAUACUUUAUGCGAGAACAAAAGUUUACACUUUCGUGAAAAGUACGAAUUCGUCCAAUACGUCAAGACUGAAUCGUUGCAGUGUCGAGGAUGCUCGGAUCCAAUUACGGAUAGGUUUUUAUUGAAGGUUUCUGACAAAAUUUGGCACGUGUCGUGUUUAAGAUGCUGCGUGUGCAAUUUGGUAUUAGAGGACGAACCGUCGUGUUUUAUCAAAGAUGAUUCAAUUUAUUGCCGUCAGGACUAUGCCAGGAGUUUCGGUACGGUGUGUUCAAAGUGUUCGAAAGGCAUUUCCGCUUCGCAUUGGGUGCGAAAGGCCAGGGACCACGUUUACCAUUUGGCGUGUUUCCGGUGCGACGCCUGCGACCGACAAUUGAACACGGGUGAAGAGUUUGCUCUGCACGAAGGUCGUGUUCUGUGCAAACCUCAUUAUUUGGACAUCGUAGACGGCGGCACUACAAGCUCGUCAGAGGGUGGAGAUUCGGAAAGUUAUCACAGCAAGAAUAAAGCAAAACGAGUACGGACCACAUUUACCGAAGAACAGUUGCAGGUGUUGCAAGCUAAUUUCCAAUUGGAUUCUAAUCCCGAUGGGCAAGAUCUGGAAAGGAUAGCCCAAAUUACUGGACUGAGCAAAAGAGUUACUCAAGUGUGGUUUCAGAAUUCUAGGGCGAGACAAAAAAAGCACUUGCACACUGGUAAAGUGAAAAACACUCCAUCCGGAUUACUUCACCACCAACAAAACGGUUCCGAAAAUCAUUUCAACCGGCACAUAAAUCUACACCUCACGUAUUCGUUUCAACAGCCUCCGUCGUCGAACCAUUCGCACCAGAGGGGAUCUCCUAUUUAUAUACCCCAAAAUCCAGCCUCGGAAACGUCGUCCCUAGACGACCUGUCUCAAGACUCCAUGAUGAUGUGUUCGGUGGGCAGGAACAGCGAUCCUGUAUGA